AUGGCGAAGAAGUCCAAAGGCGGCAAAACUGUUGCAGAACAAAAGAUGACAUCUGAGGAGCAACACGAGCAACACCGUCGCGCCAGCGAGAAAAUUGACCAUCUUCUAGAGGCGCGUCCGCACGCUGAGGAACUCGAGCAACGCAAUGUACUACCCACUGCUUCCUCAAGCGUAGCCUCGACACUGCAGGGCGUUCAAAAACAACUUCAGCGCAAGAUGGGCGCCGAUGAGCUGGCUCACCGUCUCGAGAGUCGACCAGAUUUAAAAGAGUUGCGCGAUUUGGCCAUCGUGCACGGAGGUGAGGGUGUAGCGCCCAGCUUGCAAGCUACACAGGAAAAGCUGCAGCGACAAAUCAAUUCGGAUAAGGUGAAUCAGCACUUGACCAAGCGCCCAUCCGUUGAAGAGUUACGCAUUACGGGUGUGCUCGAGACGAGUGCUGAGCUGGCGCCUAGUCUCACGGCUACAGCUAAGAAGCUUGAGCGGAACUUGGUUCAGAAUCAGGUAUCACACUUGCUCGAAUCUCGGCCUGAAAAGGACGAUCUUGUCUCGCAUAACAUUUUGGAAGACGAAAAUGCGGCAGUAGCCCCCGUGCUGCAAGGAGCCAAGCACCAGCUCGAACGCCAGUUAAAGGUGGAUCAGAUUGCGCGCCAAUUGCGUCACAGGCCCUCUGUGUCAGACCUGGAGGAGAAAGGCAUCAUUGACGAGGGAGAGCUGGGAGAACAAGAAAUACAGAAAAGAUCAGACAAUUUAAUUUCAGCUGAAGAAAAAGCACGUUUAAAGAAUUUGAUUUUGAGUGACGAUGAAAAAGUUGUAGCCGCACUCGAGUGCUACGAGCUGGAUGGAGAUAUUGAGGAGAUGCUGGACACACUUUACCGCGUCGCGAAAAUUUCGACGUGA